AUGAAUUACAGGCCUUUUCAAUUUAGGAAUCAAGUUAUAGAAUCAAUUUCGAUUAAUGAAGAAUUUCCAAUUUACUGCUUCUACAGAUCUAAUAUCACGAAUAUCAAUCUUGGUAACAAAAUCGAAAUGAUCCCAUCCCUGGGAUUUGCCUUCAGCACAAUUGAAUCAAUUAACUUAGAAAAUAUCAAAUUUGUUUCAUCAAAUGCUUUUUCUAAUUGCGAGAAACUUGUUAAUGUAUCAUUUUCAGAUAAACUUGAAUAUAUUGGACAAUAUGCAUUUUAUCGCUGCAAAAAUUUAGAAUUUGUAAAAAUCAACUCAAAUAAAAUAAUUGAAGUAGGAAUAUCUGCAUUUUCAUAUUGUUUCAAGUUAAAUUAUUCGAAUAUAAUAUCAGUCAUGAGUAUUAUUCCAGAAGCAUGCUUUUACUUUAGUUUUAAUGAGAACUCAAAUGAAUUACACCAUUCAUGCAAAAUAAUUGAAAAACUUACAUUUUAUAUGUUUCAUGGAAAUAUUACAUUGAACGAAGGACUUGAGUUUAUUGGAGAUUCUUCAUUCCAAGAAAGCUCAUUAACUUCCAUUAUUAUUCCAUCUACAGUAAGAUAUAUUGAUGGUAAUGCUUUCUAUAAAUGUAGUCGUUUAGAGAGAAUUGAAAUACCAUCAUCUGUAACCUAUUUAGGUGACUAUUGUUUCAGUAAAAUUUAUGAUCUAAAAUCAGCUAUAAUUGGGGAAGGAAUUACAAAAUUACCACUUGGAGCUUUUUAUGAAUGCAUGAGUCUUUCAAGUAUUAUUUUUUUAGGUAGGAUAACUAGUUUUGGAAGUGGAAGUUUAGGUUUAACAAAUAUUUCAAAUCUAAAAUUGCCCCCAUUUUGUAUAUGCGAAGAUGGAUCAUUUGGUUUCAACGAUGUAAAAAUGAUUGAAAUUGGAUAUGAUUCAAUAAUAUCAUUUGGAUAUUUGGGAUCAUCAGGCCUCAAUAUUGUUUGGAAUGACAAUGUAACUCUUAUUAGAUCAGAUUAUACUUAUAUUCUACAGUUAAAUCUCUAUUAUGUUGGAAAUGCAAAAUAUGAUCACGAAAUUGAUCAAUCUCUUUAUUAUCUACUGAAUUUUAACAAUCAAACUAAAGUUUAUGUUACCCCUCGAUAUCGGAGUUGUACUUUUUGCGGAGUAAAAGUAAUCCACACAUAUUUUAAUCCAUUUGAAGAUCAGAUUUCAUUAUUUUCACGCAUACGCAGACUCCAUCUCGAAAUUGAACAACCAACACAUAUGUUAGUCAUUAUGAUGCAUAUUUUAUCAAGAAAGUUCAUAAACUUGUUCCAUCUUUAUCAUUUUGUAAUUCAAUCUUAA